AUGCCCCAGCUCUCCGGGGGAGGCGGCGGCGGCGGGGGGGACCCGGAGCUCUGCGCCACGGACGAGAUGAUCCCCUUCAAGGACGAGGGCGACCCUCAGAAGGAGAAGAUCUUCGCCGAGAUCAGUCACCCCGAAGAGGAGGGCGACUUAGCUGACAUCAAGUCCUCGCUGGUGAACGAGUCCGAAAUCAUCCCUGCCAGCAACGGGCACGAGGUGGCCAGGCAAGCACAGACGGCUCAGGAGUCCUACCACGACAAGGCCAGAGAACACCCUGAUGACGGAAAGCAUCCAGAUGGAGGCCUCUAUGGCAAGGGACCCUCCUACUCGAGUUACUCUGGUUACAUAAUGAUGCCAAACAUGAACAACGACCCAUACAUGUCCAAUGGAUCUCUGUCUCCACCCAUCCCGAGAACAUCCAACAAAGUGCCGGUGGUGCAGCCUUCCCACGCGGUCCAUCCUCUCACGCCCCUCAUCACCUACAGCGACGAGCACUUUUCUCCAGGAUCACACCCGUCUCACAUCCCGUCAGAUGUCAACUCCAAGCAAGGCAUGUCCAGGCAUCCUCCAGCUCCCGACAUCCCCGCCUUCUACCCCCUGUCUCCGGGUGGCGUUGGACAGAUCACCCCGCCUCUUGGCUGGUUCUCCCAUCAUAUGAUUCCUGGUCCUCCUGGUCCCCACACAACUGGCAUCCCUCACCCAGCUAUCGUAACACCUCAGGUCAAGCAGGAGCACCCCCACGCUGACGGCGACCUGAUGCACGUGAAGCCUCAGCACGAACAGAGGAAGGAGCAGGAGCCAAAAAGACCUCACAUUAAGAAGCCUCUGAAUGCUUUUAUGUUAUACAUGAAAGAGAUGAGAGCGAACGUCGUAGCCGAGUGUACUCUAAAGGAGAGCGCAGCUAUCAACCAGAUCUUAGGCAGAAGGUGGCAUGCCCUCUCGCGAGAAGAGCAGGCCAAAUACUAUGAACUAGCCCGGAAGGAGAGACAGCUCCACAUGCAGCUCUACCCAGGCUGGUCCGCGCGGGACAAUUACGGCAAGAAAAAGAAGAGGAAGAGAGAGAAACUGCAGGAAUCCACGUCAGGUGGAAAACGAAGCUCAUUCCCGACGUGCAAAGCCAAGGCAGCGACCCCGGGACCUCUGCUGGAGAUGGAAGCUUGCUGAAACCCAAAGGAACACUGACACCAGCUCUGCCCUGAGGUCACCGCUACGGACGCUGGUCCACAAAGACAAUCACUGCCCAACCCCCCUUCCGUCUACUGCAAGAGCCGAGUUCCAAACUACAGCAUAAAAAGGGUUUUCAAAAGGAAAUUAAAAGCCCCUGAGAACGCUAGCAGACCCCGGGUCAGCUGUGCAGCUUUGGUCCCCUCAUCUCUGUGUGCACUUCCCAGAGCCUCCCGCAUCCACCACCUUCCGGCAAGGACAGUGACUCGGCCGCGCUCGCCCGCCACGCGCCACCGGAGCCAGCACCCCAGCGGAGGAGUUCCCUCUGUCUUCAUUUUUCUUUCUUCCUUUCUCUUAAAGCUUUUAUUUAACAGUGCAAAGGAUCAAUCUUAC